AUGAGUUCUCCCGUCCAAACAAAGGACCCUGCCAUCCCCCAAAAGAUGGAGAGGUUCUCGAGCUCUUUGAAACGCUACUCCAGCAUCAUAAGAAUGGCCUCAAACACGUUAUUGCGGCAGCCUUCGCAGGUUGCAAAUGCCCACCAAAAUACGGUCUGGUUGAUGGAUAACACUGCCUACCGACACCCAGCGUCGCAUGUAUCCGGUGAACCUCAUUCAUGGCGUGUCGAGGUUGUGGCCUGCGUGUUCCGAAAAGAUAGCAGACGAGAUGUGAGUAAGUUUGUCGCUGUGAUCGCAGAUCUCAUUGGACUCGACGGGGCCGUCGGCACAGAAAAGGAGAUCCGCCGUCGGAUUGCGCAGCGUCUACAGCCUUUCCUAUACCAAGUCGUUCCGGGUCACUCGAUGAUGCUAGAGUUACCUCUACCCAACCACACCACUCAAAUUCACCAAAUUGGACCCACAGAAGACAAUGGUAUUAUCUCGCAGGUGGUGAACACCGGCGUCCGACACAUAGCAGACGGGACCCGAGUACGGGCUCACAUUCGAGGUGUGAAGGACAGGGCAUCGAUGGAAACGACAUUUGCUGGGCCAGAAGGCUGGCUGGUCGUAUCCGACAUCGAUGAUACAAUCAAAUACACCAAGACGUCGGAUACAACUGGGAUAAUCCGCACGACUUUCGCGGAAGAACCGAGACCCAUUGCGGGCAUGCCUCAGCUAUAUUCUCGGAUAGAGUCACGGUUCGAACCCACAUGGUUCUACCUUUCUGCGUCGCCGUAUAAUUUGUACCCUUUCCUUCGAGAAUUCCUGCACGACAAUUUCAGCCGGGGAACACUCAUUCUUCGAGAUUCCUCCUGGCUGGACAUUAGCGAACUGGUCAAGUCAUUCACUGUGAACACACAGGAAUACAAGGUCGACCGCAUUAGGAAAAUCCGGAAGUGGUUUCCGCACCGGCGAGCGCUCUGCAUUGGAGACUCCACCCAAACGGACCCUGAGGCUUACGCAGAAAUCUACAAACGACAUCCCGAGUGGAUCCAUGCUAUUUUCAUUCGAAAGGUCAUGGAUGUGCCUCAUAUGGAGGAACGUAACUCGCCGAAAAGGUUUGCGGAUGCCUUUAGGGAUGUUCCGAAGCAUAUCUGGCGGGUGUUCGAGCACCCAAAAGAAGUCUACCACGCACUGGAUGAAAUCAGAGCGAGAGAUAGCGCAAGCUUCUAUCCUUAA